AUGACAACUCAAACUCAUGUCAUUCACAUGACAAAUUCAUCAUUGGAGCAGUCCUCUUCAUUCAAUUCUCCUCUACAACAUAUACUCGAAAGUGUACGAGCAGAAUUUAGAAAGAAACGAGCAGGAGGUCGAAAAUUAUUUAAAGGACUAAAUUAUAAUCUCGAUAUUACGUACAUUACAUCAAGAAUUAUUGUCAUGUCCAUUCCAACAGAAGAUUGGUUCAUUGGCUAUUUCCGAAAUGAUGCGAAUCUUGUUCAUCAAUUUUUGGAAGACAUGCAUGGAAGAGAUCAUUACAUGAUUUUCAAUUUAUCGGAAUUUCGUUAUGAUAAAAAAGUGUUUUAUGGAAAUGUGAUUGAUUGGAAUUUUCCAGACCAUUACAAUCCACCAUUGGACAUGAUGAUGAGUGGAUGUCGUUGUAUUCAUGAAUGGUUGGAACGAGAUGAGAAAAAUGUUGCAGUGAUUCAUUGUGCGGGAGGAAAGGGAAGAAGUGGAACGUUAAUUUGUGCCUAUUUAUUGUACUGCUCCAUGUUUAAUGAUUCCAUCGACUCAUUGAAUUAUUUUGCAUUGCAAAGAUUUGAAAAACCUGUCAGCCAUUUUCGUCUUGUCAAAAUGGAGGAAUUAAUUCGCCGUCACAAGUUCGAUACAUUUCUUAUAUUCAACACUUGA